ACAAUUGUCCGUCUCUUUUCCUCUUCCGCUUUAUGUAUUACGUGAUAGACAGAGAAGUAUAAGUUACAAAGCCAGUACUGUAUAGUUGUGGUGCAAGUUUUUGACAGUACGUUUCAAACUUGACGGAGGUAGUGACUUGGGAUUCAAGAUGUUUUGUGUUAAAUAAAGUAUUUUUAUUGACAUUUAAAUUAAAAAUGUGUUGUGCAGUGCUAAUAGUGCUAUAAUUAUUGCUAUUCCAUAAAAGGAUUUUGUUGGAGAUAAACAAGAUGGCAGAAAUUAUAUUCCAGCGACGGAAAGUGGCCACGAUUUUGGCACCACCGGAUCCUUUAAUAAUACUUCUAGUUAUAUCCUUAGUGCAGUUCGUUAUUGGUCAGGUGAUCAAUAGGGCUCCGCAUUUUGUGCCGCAAACUGGAGACAUGUCACGAUUUAGUCUAUCUGAAGAUACUCCUGUCGGGACACCUGUGUAUCAUUUGAAAGGUAUCGACCCCGACGGCGGUCAGCUACGGUACUCAAUAUCAGGCCAGUACUUCAGCGUGGACUCCCAAACAGGCGUGGUCACGCUGGCCAGAUCCUUGGAUCGAGAAGAGCAGGAUGCUCUAGAAGUUAUUAUAAGUAUUACAGAUGAAGGAAUAGCAAAUACGGAACCAAACACGAUUUCCCUGCGACGUGUUAUUCCUGUUAAGGAUGUGAACGACAACCCGCCUGUGUUUCAUAAUCGCCCGUACAUUCUCAACAUUAGCGAAGCCACGCCCGUUGGCAGCGAAAUCGAAGUUUACCCAAGAAUAUUGGUGACGGACCGAGAUGAAGGAGUUAACGCUAAGAUUCGAGUCACUUGCUCCACUAAAGAAAAGGGAAGUGACAACGAAGCGUGCUCCACUUUCAACAUUAUUACAGACAUGAUUUCCCCAAACGAAUAUGAAGUUCGUUUGUUCCUGAACCACCAACUGGAUUUUGAAAGCAGAUCAGCUUACGUCAUCAGUUUGGAAGCAAUGGACCAGUCAGACAGACCUCUGAGGGCCAUGGCCAGCGUGGCGGCAACUGUAAGAGAUGUACAGGAUCAACCACCGAUGUUCCUCAAUGCUCCAUUCUCUGCUACCGUACCUGAGAAUACUCCACCAAAUACCAGUAUAAUGGAUAUUAUAGCAAAAGACGGUGACACAGCAGAUCCAAGACCAGUUUUGUUGACGCUCGAAGGAGACAUUCAGCAAUACUUUAAACUCGUACCCGAAAAGCCAAUCGGACGUGCUACACUGGUCACAACCGACAUUCCAAUUGAUAGAGAAAGCGACGUAGUCAUACAAAAUGGAGGGGUUUAUACGUUUUCAGUCAAGGCGACUGAAUUAAUAAACAAUGAAGUACCAUCAGAUUACACCGUCACAACUGUCACUAUUAUUGUCACUGACGUCGACGAUCAUGUACCCGAAUUCAAUAAAGAAGUCUUUGAUAUAUCGAUACCUGAAAACAUCGAAAAUGGAAGCCCGAUCCCGGGUCUCUCAAUCUACGUCGAAGAUGAUGACAUAGGUCAAAAUAGUAAAUACGACUUGAGAUUAGUAGACGUUUUUAACUCUGAAGGAGUAUUUUCUAUCAGUACUGAUCACGGUGAAGGAAGGACACCCAUAAGUAUAAAAGUAAAAGAUUCGUCCAGGUUGGAUUAUGACGUAGACAAUGAUGAGAAGAGAAUAUUUAGCUUCGAUAUAGUAACAUCAGUUGACGGACAAGAUCUAUCAUCAGCUAGAGUGAACAUAAAGUUAUUAGACAUGAAUGAUAACUCUCCAAUUUUUGAUGAACCUAGUUAUAAAUUUAAUGUGUUGGAGAAUGCAACAACUGGAACUAAAAUUGGAGAUGUGCAUGCUAGUGAUAAAGACUAUGGCAUCUUUGGUGAAAUUGAAUAUACUUUAACUGGAUUCGGGUCUAACUUGUUCAAAACUGACAGGAAUAAAGGUGGUGUAUACGUUGGUCAAAUGUUAGACUACGAGAAACAGAAAAGUUACAGUUUGACACUCAUUGCCAAAGACGGAGGAGGUAAAGGAUCUGCAGCUAGUAUUUACGUAGAUGUAAUAGAUGUCAACGAUAAUGCACCAAUUUUCGAAGCUUCUGAGUAUAGUCGAACCAUAAGAGAUGGAGCUACUAGUUUUGAGCCUCAAUUAAUUGUGAGAGCAACAGACGCCGAUGGACCAAGCCAAGGAGACGGCAGAGUGAAAUAUACAUUAGAAUCUGACAACAGUAUAACUCAUAAAGGUAACGUAUUUACUGUUGAUGAAGAUACUGGAGAGAUCACAAUCGUCGACAAAGUCGAAACAAUGGAUACUCCGAGAGGACAAUAUGAACUAGUUAUUAGAGCUACUGAUUACGGUACACCGCCAAUGCAUAAUGAAACUCGAGUUUACAUCAGAGUAGGAGUUCCUGGAAACCAGCGUCCUACGUUCAAGGGAAAUUAUCACCAUUACAAAUAUACUGUGACCCAGCGCAACCCAGACAGCAACGAAGACUUCACAUUCGACCUUAAUCCAAUGAAUUAUAAAGCCAGUAUCAGAGAAGAUGCAAAAUCAGGACAGAAUGUAACCAUGGUCGUAGCUAAUGAUCCUGAUGGGUUAGAUGAUCUAUUGACAUACCAUAUCGUUUCUGGAUCUAAAGACAACUUUGUUAUAAAUGAAAAGACUGGUGUUAUAACUGUGUCAAAUGAUGCAAAUUUAGAUCGCGAUGUAAAUACAGACAAAUAUGAAAUCAUCGUAUCUGCUGUCGAUAGUGGGAUUCCAAUUCCAGAAACUGCCACUACCACUGUUUUCGUUACCAUUUUAGAUGUCAAUGAUAAACCACCAAAGUUCAAUACCUCUGAAACGACUACCUACAUAUCAGAAAGAACUAAGGAAGGCGAUGUUGUCACGAAAAUGAUUGCAUAUGAUACUGAUGUAAAUUCUAAGCUUAAAUAUAGUCUAAUAGAGCCUACAAAUGCGUUUUCUAAAGCUGGCGUACAGCUUAAAGCAAAUUCUCCAUACGAUUACAAGACAUUAUUUAGAAUAGACGAAGACACAGGAGAAAUAUUUGUAAAUGGUAGUUUGGAUUAUAGUCAAGCAUCUAUAGUCAUACUAACGAUCAACGUGGUAGAUGUUAACGCAGAGAUAAAUCAAGAAAAUCAGUUUGCUGUAACUGAACACACAAUAUACAUCCAACCUUAUGCAGAUAAAAAUCCACAGUUCACCAACCCUGGUUGGACUAGCUCAAAUCCCAUAAUAUAUCAUAAAAUAAAAGAAGAACAGCCUAUAGGAAGUACUGUAUUAGUUCUCAUGGCUGAAGACCCUAUAUCUGGGCAUUUGGUAUCAAGUUUCAAAGUUAUCAAUUCAGAAACGGGUUUGUUACAAGUUGAUCCUUUUAGUGGCCAAGUCGUUCUGACAAAUCACCUGGAUUAUGAAGACUUGAGAAACCCAAAUUUGACAUUAACUGUAAAAGCAACUAGCAAUGAUGGUAGCAAACAUAGCAUUGCUAAAAUUAUCAUUGAAAUCAUAAAUAUCAAUGAUAACCCACCUAUAUUUGAGAAAGAGCUCUACAAAAUAAGUGUUUUGGAGUCUGUAGUGUAUCCAGAACAGGUCUUAACAGCAAAAGCAACUGACGCUGAUGGUGUAUUAACUGAAGAAGACAAAUUAAAAGGAUAUUCCGAUAUUCGCUAUACUUUGCGGGGUGAUAAUUCUGACCUUUUCAUCAUUGACAACAUCACUGGAGUGAUACAAGUAGCACCAAACAAAACUCUAGAUAGAGAACGUCAGUCGGUUCUUCGAUUAGAAAUAGAAGCAAUCGAUACACCCAAAAGUGCAGCAGAUCGCCUGAAGACCACAGCUACUAUACUAAUCGACGUACUAGAUGUAGAUGACAAUUCACCUUCAUUUGAGAAACCUGCAUAUACUGCUGUCGUCCCUGAAAAUGUUCCCGUUGGUAUCAGCGUUAUCAACAUCACUGCUAGUGACCCGGAUGAAGGCUUGGGAGGAGAAAUUAAAUAUGACUUCCUAGACGAAGGUGAAGCGAAUGGUUUAUUCACGAUCGACCCAGGUACGGGUGAGAUCAAAACGCGCCGGGACUUGACAGGACGUGGUCGAACAGAGCCGUAUCGACUGAUCAUUAGUGCCACGGAUGGUGGCGGACAUAGUGGUGAUACUUCACUGUUGCUGUACAUCGGUGACGUCAGCGCCAAUGAUGGCGUGCCGAGGUUUAUUAGGCCAGCUGACGGAGAAGUGCUUAGUGUUAGCGAGAAUGCAACGAUUGGAUCUCCCGUGUUCCAAGUGGUAGCAAGUGAUCCAGACGACCCGACUCAACCGUCUGGUCAACUAUAUUAUUCGAUACAACAGAACAAUCCCGAUGCUAAGACCUUUGCAAUUGAUCCUCAUUCCGGCCUUAUAACAACACGUCAAUCUUUAGAUAGAGAACGCAAGGCGUCAUACACACUAGUGCUGCUUGUAUCUGAUAGGGGUCAACCACCACAACAAAGCACGAGAAUUGUCAACAUCAUGGUCACAGAUAUAGAUGACCACAAACCUCAUUUCUCCCGAAACUCGGAUGACCCGCCAUUACUGAUAACGACCAAAGAAGAAGUACCUAUAGGAACAAUCAUAGGUAAAUUGGAAGCAAUUGAUGAAGAUAUUGGAGAAAAUGCUGCAGUGGACUACGUUAUCACUACUGGAAAUGAUCUUGGUCUAGUAAAGUUGGAACGAACGAAUGAGAGUAAAGCUUUAAUAGUAUCGACUGCGAGACUCGACAGAGAAGCCAUCGCUAAACAGAUCAUUACUGUCAAAUGCUUCAAAUUAGGCACGACGCCUAAAUUGACCAAACAUUAUAAUAGAUUGGACCCCUCAGAAAUCCAGGUCUUAAUUAAACUCAUAGAUAUAGACGACCACCUUCCACAAUUUGAUACCGUCAACAUGACCAUUGGGGUCCGUUUGAACGUUCCUAUAGACACCAUGAUAGCCAGCGUCAAAGCCAUUGACAAAGACCCUGAUGCCUUAGCCAUAGACUAUAAAAUCGUCAAUAUGAGUUUUGAGUCACCAAUUAGGACUAGGUCUAUAAGUAAUAUCACAGAUGUAAUAAUAUUGAAUAACGUCACAGGAGAGUUGAAGAUUAUGAAGAAUUUAAUUCAUUAUGCUGAUGGUAUAUUCAGACUAGACGUCCGAGCUAACAAUUCCGGAGAUCCUGAAAGACAUAGUGACAUAUUAGUUGAGGUAGUUGUAGUAAGAGAACGAGAUCUCCUUCGCCUGGUGUUGCCGGGAAGUACGAGAGCUCGGGUCAAUGAACUGCGGGACCGCAUGUCGGCUGCGCUUGCGCCACGCGGUCUGAAGAUGCAGUUGCAUGACUCGGUCAAUACCGCCUUCUACGGCAAUCCUGGGCCAUGCUUCCAAUUCCGCAAAACAGAUUCUGGAGAAGCGUUAACCCCUAAAGCAAUGAAGGCAACGAUCAGAUCUCUAGGGACCGAGUUUCAAGAGAUUCUGGAGACGUUCAACGUCCACAACAUCACCAGCUGUGGAGUGUCCAGAACGAAGCACUCUCCAGCUCAACAGGCGUUGUUAGCUCUAGCUGGGAUUCUACCAUUAGCUGCACUGAUAGCCGCUCUUGUGUUGUGUUGUAUGCAUUCCAAUGCCAAGAGACGGGCGAGGUCUGCGCUGCUCCUAGCUCGAGAACCGCCGCCAGCGCCGCCUAGCAACAUAUCUGUACCCACGAGACUAUACGCAGAACCAUUGUACACUACAUGACACCACUGAGUUUCUUUUUAAUCAAGCUGUUGUAGCGUUGCUGGCAUGACGUCGUAAAAUAACACAGAUUCCAACCCUAUAUAGACGUACCCAUCAUUACAACCCAGCACAAAAUAAUGCACAUCGAAAUUUGGAAGGCGAUAUGUUAUUGUAAUAAUGUAUAACAUUUAGGUAUCUUCCGAAUUCCGCGGUGGUCUGCGUUUUGCAUGUGUCAUUAUUACAGCUUCAAAAGGCCAUAAAUUUCGUAAUUAUCGUUAAUAGAAACAAUCGAUAGCGAUUCUGAGUUAAUAUUGUCUACUGGGGUGGUUAAAAGGGCCACAUCGAAUCAAUUAAUCUAAAAAAUCAAUAUUGGAAUUUGACAUUUGCGCAUAUAAAAGUAAGUGCGCAAUGCAAACAAAAUGUCAAAUAGCAAUAUUCCUUUCUUAGAUGAAUUGCAAUAAUGUGGCCUUUUUAGACACCCUGAUAUUAUUACACCGGCAUGUAAGUUAUUAGAUGGCCUCUGAUAACAUUAAUAUACUUAACAGCAAUGGUAUUUAUUCGGAAAAUCUACAAACAAAUGUCACAAUAUUAAUUAUUCAUUAACUUGCGUGAACCUCAUUCAGGUACAGGGUUAAAAGUCAUCCGAAAACAAAAAUAACCGUUUUCAUAAUAGCGAACAAUUAUAGAAAUAAGUCUUGUAAUGAGAAUAAACAAUGUCAUUUGAAUCUGUAAACAGUCAAGAAUAUUUUAACCUGAGUGUAGAUAAAACCGACGUCAGUAGGUAAAAUAAUGAUAAAUAAAACGUAGUGUCCUAAAACUUGUCCUAACAGUGCCCGAAAAGUCUACAAAUGUAAACUGACUGUAAAAUAAAAUUAAUUAGAUAUAUUUUAAAUAGUAAAUUCGUUCGUAAAAGAACCAAUUGCUGCGUAUUUAGAAGUAGGUAAUCGUUUUCUUUUUAUAAAAUUUAAUUAAAAUUAUGCAAAUAAAAUGUACCUCUAUACCUACUUCUUAUUACUUUAAUUUUAUUAUUAAUUUUAAUGGCAAACAAUGUAAAUAAAUGAAUACCUAAAACUAAAAGUUCAAAAUUAUCAACAAUUUAUUAUGUUAUAUUUUGUUUUGUUACUUAUUAAAGCUUGUAAAAUAGUACCUAUUAGAAUUGUACAAAGCAUGUGUCAUUCCCAAUUGUUAGUGUGAUAAUUAAAUUAAUUCUAAGUCACAAAUAAAUGAUGUUAAUAUAUUUUCGUACCUAAAUAUAUAUACCUACGGCUCUCUUAUGGAAUAAAUUUUUGUAUAAAAUAGAAAAAGAAA